AUUCCUCCAUAUUGCUUAAUUUUCGCACGUGAAAAAUAUUUGUAUCAGAUUUGUAACUGUUUUCACUGUUUUCUCAAAAUAAACUUGAAUGUUUCCAUAAUAGGUAAUUUCCAUCUGAUCAAAACCCCAUUCUGUCCAAGCGUUGAUCAAGUAGAAUCUUCUCAGUAUGGGAAAGAAGGCAAAAAAGAAGACAAUAGGACGAGGCCAGUCUGAUGCUGCUGAAGAAGCUUUCAAAGGAUCUCCCCACACACUAGUUAUCCAUCGAGGUCUCGUGGGUAAAAAUGUUGGCCACCUUGUACAUGAUUUUAGAAGAGUUAUGGAGCCAUUCACUGCGUCAAAACUUAAGGUGAGAAAGAAGAACGUCCUGAAAGAUUUCAUCAACGUCGCAGGGUUUUUCAACAUCUCUCACAUCGUGGCUUUCUCAAAGACUGAAUCAUCCAUCAACAUGCGGAUGCUGCGCACACCACGUGGUCCAACUAUGACAUUUAAAGUGCACAGUUAUAGUUUAGCAAAGGAUGUUAUCUCAACAUUGAAACGUCAUAACAUGGAACAGAAGCAGUUUCAACACCAUCCACUUCUCGUUAUGAAUAACUUUAGUGGCGAAGGCAUGCACAUUAAACUUAUGGCAACAAUGUUCCAGAAUAUGUUCCCAUCUAUAAAUGUAAACAAGGUGAAGUUGAAUGACAUUAGAAGAUGUGUGCUCGUCAACUACAACCCAGAAGACAAAACAUUGGAUUUCAGACACUUCCACAUUAAAGUAGUUCCAGUUGGUAUGAGUCGCCCAGUGAAGAAGCUGAUAAAAGCAAAAGUACCAAACAUGAGCAACUUCGAGGAUAUAGCUGACUAUAUUACAAAGGGAGGCAAUAUAUCUGACAGCGAGGGGGAACUCGAUGGCCCACACAAUGAAGUUGUCUUACCUCAAACUAUUGCGAGUAGAGGGAACAUAAAAUCUGCUAACAGUGCCAUUAGGCUGACUGAGAUAGGCCCUAGGAUGAAGCUACAGCUCAUAAAGAUAGAGGAAGGACUGGGAGAGGGUAAUAUCUUAUUCCAUGAGUAUGUCACAAAGACUGAGGAGGAGGUCGCACUAAUAAAUCAAGCAAGAGAGAAAAAACGCAAAUUGAAGAUGAAAAGGAAAACAAAGCAAGAACUGAAUGUGAAGAAGAAGACUGAUAAAAAGGAUGAAAUGAAGAAGAAAACUCUUGAAGGCAUGAAGAAGAAAGCAGAAGAAGAAGAAGAAUCAAAGAAUGAAAAAGCAGAUAGUGGUAUGGAAUCUGACGACAGUAUAGGAGAUGCUGAGUACUUCAAACAGGAGGUUGGGGAGGCUCCUGAUCCAGAAUUAUUUCCUAUGAAUAAUAAACAACCAAGGAAGAGGCAAGCUGGAAGCUCAUUGAGGGACAAUUAUCUCCCAUAUAAGAAGAAGAAAUUAGAAACUACUGAUGACAGGACUAAAAAACAGAAAAGGGAAUCUAAUAAAAACACAGAAAAGGUUCAGGGAAUGAAAAAAUUCAGCAGAGACAAUCAUAAGAAAAAUGAUGUAAACAAGAAAAAUAAACUUGGUACUCGAGUGAAAAGGGGCAAAAAAGUCACAAAUAAAAAAUCAGGUCGUAGGAGGUGAGAUUCUAUGAAAUGCUAAAAAUGUAUGAAACUUAAGUGCUGAAAAAAUAAAUAAUAUAAGAGAAGAUCAGCUUUUUUGUGAUCCAUCUAUAUUUAAAGGGACAUCCCUUAGUAUUAGUAGCCUGCCAAUAUCUUGAUAUAAUGGUUGCUAUAACUAAUAAUUAUAAACGUUUGGAUAGAGUCUUAUAAUUUAAUGUAAUGUUCUUUUCAACUUGGCUUUUUUCAUAUUUAUGUAAAAAUAUACCUUCAAUGUAGGGGUUUCAUUAGCAGCAGGCA